CCCCCCCCCCCACCCUAUGGCUAUAUAAAGCCACCAGCCCCAACCCCACUGCACCACAGCUCGUUAUCCGUUCCUGUUCUCUCCGAUCUUUCCAUCACUCUCAGUCUCAGCGAUUCCUUUCUUUCUUUCUUUUCAAGUCAUUUUCUCCCUUUUUCUCAAACAAUCUAGCCAUCCGGUCCAACCAUGAACGCUCUUGCCGCAACAAACCGCAAUUUCCGCCAUGCGGCGCGUUUACUUGGUUUGGACUCGAAGAUUGAAAAGAGCUUGCUAAUUCCUUUCAGGGAGAUCAAGGUGGAGUGCACGAUCCCAAAGGACGACGGGACUCUGGUGUCGUACGUUGGGUUCAGAGUUCAACAUGACAAUGCGCGUGGGCCCAUGAAGGGUGGUAUCAGAUAUCAUCCUGAGGUUGACCCUGAUGAAGUGAACGCACUGGCUCAAUUAAUGACUUGGAAGACUGCUGUAGCAAACAUUCCAUACGGAGGAGCAAAGGGUGGGAUUGGGUGCAACCCAAAGGACUUGAGUAAUAGUGAGUUGGAGCGUCUCACUCGUGUCUUUACCCAGAAAAUCCAUGAUCUCAUUGGAAUUCAUACCGAUGUUCCUGCACCAGACAUGGGCACUAACGCACAGACUAUGGCAUGGAUUUUGGAUGAGUACUCAAAAUUUCAUGGUCACUCACCAGCUAUUGUGACGGGGAAGCCCAUAGAUCUUGGUGGAUCACUAGGUAGAGAUGCUGCUACUGGGCGGGGUGUUGUAUAUGCAACAGAGGCUUUACUUGCUGAGCAUGGGAAGUCGAUUAGGGAUCUGACAUUUGUUAUUCAGGGAUUUGGAAACGUGGGUUCUUGGGCAGCUAAGCUAAUUCACGAGAGAGGUGGUAGAAUCAUUGCAGUGAGUGACAUCACUGGUGCAGUUAGGAACCCAGAAGGAAUUGAUAUAACGGAUUUGCUUAGUCAUAAAGAAAGCACUGGCAGUUUAAAAGGUUUCCACGGUGGAGAGGCAAUGGAUUCUAACGAGCUGCUUGUACAUGAUUGUGAUGUUCUUAUCCCAUGUGCUUUGGGUGGAGUUCUGAACAGGGAAAAUGCUGCAGAUGUGAGGGCCAAGUUCAUAAUCGAGGCAGCAAACCAUCCUACUGAUCCUGAAGCAGAUGAGAUUCUAUCAAAGAAAGGAGUUAUAAUACUCCCCGACAUAUACGCGAAUGCCGGAGGAGUGACUGUCAGCUAUUUUGAGUGGGUUCAGAAUAUUCAAGGUUUUAUGUGGGAUGAAGAUAAGGUAAAUGAGGAGCUUAGGAGGUACAUGACUCGAGCUUUUCAAAACGUCAAGAACAUGUGCAAGUUACAUGAUUGCAGUCUCCGGAUGGGUGCCUUCACGCUGGGUGUAAACCGGGUUGCACGUGCCACCCUCUUAAGGGGUUGGGAAGCAUAAAUAGCUUUGUUUGAUUUUCCAAUUUUCCCUCUUUGUAUCCUCAGAUAUGUCUUAUUUGUUCAAGGUUUCCUUGGUCAUUUAUAACAUGUCUUGUUUUGAUUUAGCAGCAAAUCUGUCUUGCUAGCCAUUGGUUUAGAAGACUCAGUCAUAUCAUUAUUCUUGUUACCAUUUUCAUUAAUGUUCGAGAUAAAUUCCCUCUUUCAA